CAGAGUUCCAAUAUUCCUAUUGACGAGGCACGAAUUCGAUUAUAUUUGCUGGUUACUGUUUUUUAACUGUCUCAUGAAAUCAUUGUAACACUGCAAUAUAUACCUAUCUAUACAUAAUAUAUCAAUUAUGGAGAUCUAGUUUAUUGACUUGCAAAGUAUUUUGUGAGAUAUAGUAUAAUCAGCAUCAGUCCUAACAUCAUUCUGUCAUAGUAUAAAAAUACGUCUAAUUUUACUGUUUAACCGAACUUCUGAUGUCAAAGAUAGCCCAUGGCUAAAGGUAAAGUAAUAUUGAUACCAGGAUUACCAGGUUGGGGCUUGACUGAUGGGUACUGGGAAAGUGCACUAGACAGUACCAUUUUUCCCGCUAAUCUCUCAGUUUCGUCUGUUGAGCCAAGUCCUAUAGCUUCCCACCACGAUAGAGCUUGUGAAAUAUUUGCACAGAUAACCGGUACGUUGGUGGACUAUGGAUUAGAACAUUCACAAUUUUUCGGACAUUCCCGCUGGGGUAAGGAUUUUAGUAAAACACCUCCACUGUACUUAGAAUGGGGACCUUCAAAUCCCGUACACCUUGUGUGUCAUUCUACUGCUGUAAAUACAGCCAGAGUUCUUCAAAGACUUCUCGAAAUCGAUUUUUGGAACAAAGAAACAAGUGCUAAGUGGAUUUUGUCAAUUACUUCCAUUAAUGGUGCACUCAAUGAAUGUGCUGUAUCAGAUGUGAUUAACAAGGAAAUUUUACGUCUGGUUAACGGAAAAUUUCUGUGCAAAGAAUGCAAAAAUCUUGGAUGCUCGGCUUGUAUUCAUAUAAAGGUCCAGAAGGCAGCGAAAAUACUUGGUCGAGGUGUCAUAUGGGCAGCCAUGUCAAAACUGAAACUAGACUCUGAACAACUUUGUCGAGCUUUAAACUGGUCCAUAGAUCACUGGGUUUCUGAUACUAGUGAUAAUCUUCAAUUUUUGUCUGAGGAGGGAGUUGUAAAUAAAUUGAAUUCUAGUUUGAAGUGUGGAAUGUUUAGUUCGGGUGAUAACAUAAUUUACGAUCAGACGCCGGAGGGUAUUUCCAAGCUUGAAGAAAUUCUCGACAAUUCAUCGAAUAUUAAGGGCCCCUUGAAGCGUGUUCCGGAUUUUAUCUACAAGGGUACAUUUUAUCUUUCUCUAUUUUCCAGUGCAACUAUGUCGUCUACUCUUUACAUACCCUCUGAAAUGUCGCCGAUAUUAUGGCCAUUUUCUGCUAUCCUUUUGGAUAAAACUAAUUGCAGCUGUAUUGAUGAUUAUACAAAAGAAGCAAUACAUAAGAUACAGAAAAUAAGCACCGAUGUGGACCCAUUAAGGGACAAUGAUGGUCUGGUUACUGUAAUAAACCAGUGUAUACCGCGUGGAGCUGAAUCAUUUGUUGAAGUGUUUCCAAAACAAGAAUGUUUGUUGUCACUUCAUGAAAGUGUAAAGCCCGGAGUAUGGUACAUCGACAAUGUUAAUAGAUGGAUCGAUGGAAUUCAGAAAAAUGAGUCUCAUCUUGAUGUCGACUGUGAAAAUACCAGUAAAACCAAUUGCAUAUCUAAUAAAAGAAAUUCCAAAUUUCUGUGGGACCAUUUUGAUGCUUGUUGGUCGAGAACUCUACUCAAAUCAUCUCAGGAACAAGUACCUCUUGAUUUUCAAAGAUCACUUUAUCGUAAUGUAUUUUCAUACAUUUCCUCUGUACAGUUUUUCUCUAAUAACUCUUCUAAGUAAAAUAAGCUUUUUAUUACUUAUUUGUGUCCUACUGAUGUAUUUUAUCAAAUCAAAGGUUCUUUCUCCAAAACUAGUUUACAAGCAACCUGAAUUUAUUGAAUCAUGACUAAAACGCUCGAUACACGGUAUAUGAAAAUAUGGAAUUUAUAUAUUAACUUUUGGACUAUUUUAAUAAUAAAAUAUUUAUUGAAAACGUAUUGCCUUUGACUGCAUUUCGGUCUUUAACUGAUUCGAAAUUAAGGUAUGCAGGUAUAUUGAGUGUUAUUUUUCUUAGCUUUUGAUGUUAUAAUCGACCUUGUACUUCUAUUUAAUGUAAGAACUAACAUUUAUAAGGAAGGAUUCAUGGAAACAGACAGGGAUACAAACAUAAAUGGUCGAUGAGGAAGUUAAUAUAGAGUAGUGAAGAACUCAGAUACUAAUAAAUAUAAAGAGCUAAUGUAGCUGACUCGUGGAUUUGAAAUAACACGAAAUUUAACAUUUUAUAUGAUAC